AAAUCAAGUUAUUCGGUUUACUUCAGCAUGCACGUUCUUUUUAUAUUUAAGAGAAUUUUAUGAUAGAAAGUCGUGUGUUUUAUAAAUUAACUAAACAAAUUUGAAAAAUAAUAAAAUAAAAACAUGUUAAAUGGGAAUCUUGGAAGUGACAUUUUACGGAUAUAUAUUUGUGGCCCACACAGCACGGGUAAAACGACGUUAUUAAACGAUCUCAGACCACAUUUAGGCGAUGUAACGGUCGUUGAAGAGGUCGCACGCGGUAUAAUUAAAAAUCAUGGUUGGUCACGUGACGAUUUCAUACCAGACAAACACCCAGAUGUAUUUCGUCAGCUGAAUGAGGAAAUUUUAGAAGCACAGAUUGCUAACGAUAUAAAGUAUUCAAGUUCAGGUGAAGAUUUUAUAUGUGACAGAGCUCUAGAUCCAAUUAUUUAUUGCGGUUAUUAUGUAAGUGAACAGGCCAAAGAAGCGAUGUAUAAACUGGAGGGAAUACAUGAAUGGCUUGAUAGGAUGCGGAGAUCAUUUGUUAUACUGGUAUCACCGCACCCAGAAUGCAUCACUGAUGACAAUGUUCGACUUCCGUCACCAAUAGAGGAACUGAGAGAGUUCCAUGCCAAGUUUAAACAAGAGCUACAUAAAAAUGAUAUAAAAUACUUGGAGCUAACACAGCUUGACCGACAAGAAAGAGUAAACAUCGUUAUCAAAGAACUCAACAAAUUUAGACAAAGAAAAGAUGGACGCGAUGUAAAAGAUUAAUUUACAUCCGGAGUCAUAACGAUGAUUAAGAUUUAGGAACGCGGGUACACACAUGGAACUGUUAUUUAUAGACCAUUCCUUGACAUGAAGGUGACCACUAUGAUGACGACGACGAUGACGACGACGACGACAACAACAACAAAACUCAAAUGAACGGAUCCGUUCGGGAAGUAAAAUAAUUUUGCCGCUUUUGCCACUCCGUAAAAAUUGGUAUUGCACAGCCGUGACGUGACGUUACUUGCGUUAUACAAACAUAACGUUGUUGGCAUUACUCUAUAUAGGCCUGUCAAUGAAAAUCAUGAUGGUUUGAAUGAAAAUCGUUCUUUUUAAGUAUGUGAUAAAUAAUCGUGUAGGUCUAUGAACUCGUUGAAUUAGAUAAUAUUAUGCCAGAGAGGCUCGCGUAAUAUUAUUUAAUUCAACUCGUUCAAUAAAUUCACUAUUGAACCUACACUCAUUCAAUAUCAUCUAUAUACGGCUACGUAAUGUUUUUCAGAUGAUAAAACUAUUACUGUACUAAAUUGACACUCGACUUUGGACCAUUCGUUUUUGUAAUUAUCUGCAUCAAAAAAAGUAAUUGUCUGUUCACAGUUCAAACGCAUGUCACGUUUAUCAUACAACGUAAUUAUGUCAUUUAAAAAACUAGUCAAUUACGCAAUGUUCCAAAUAUAUUAUUUCUUCUUUUUCCCCUUCAAUUAUAAUUGAAGAAUCCGUUUGCGUCUUGGGAUUCUUGGGAUGCGGGUAUUGAAAUGGUUUUAAUUUCUCGUAUUUUCGGCAAUUUCCGACACAUUUCGUUAAUCGGCGAGGACUCGGAUUGACAGGGUUAGCAUCAUCAUGACAAUUUUAAACAAUAUUUAAUUUGUAUCAUUUACAUUGACAAAGUUAGCGAUGACCUUAUAACUCAAUAAAAUUAUUUAUCUUUGCC